GGCGUCUGCCAUGAUGGUCACUGAAGGAGAGCCCAUCGCCAAGCAGCCUCGGCCCGGCGAGUGGCUGUGCUCGAUGGCGGCCGUGGCCGCGUCGGCGGCCGUCGACCUGCGCAACCGCGAGCCGCUCUUCCCGACGCGCAAGCAGCGAGAGUUCAUACCGGACAACAAGAAGGACGACACCUACUGGGACCGCAGGAGGCGGAACAACGAGGCGGCCAAGAGGUCGCGGGAGAAGAGGCGCCUCAACGACAUGGUGCUCGAGACCAGAGUCCUCGAGCUCGCCAAGGAGAACGCCGUGCUACGGGCCGAACUGGCUGCGCUCAGGGACAAAUUCGGCAUUCGCGGUUCGCUCGUGGUCGAGCAGCAACAGGCGCCCCAACACCCGCCCGACAUAGCGGUUCCCGUCCCGGUUCCGGCCGCCGCCGCGGCGGGCCUCACCGAUCUGCGAGGCCGACGGAACAAGCUGCUCUCGGCGUUACUCCCGGCACUGGUGCCGCCAGCUUCGGCGGGAGCUGCGCAGCCGCUGGCAACCUCGCCCUCGCCUUACUCGGCCGCGUCGUUGGCACAGCAAGCGCAACAGGCGCAGCAGCAGCAGUUGCAGCCGCACCAGGCUCACCUGUUGGCGCAGAGUCCGAACCACCUGCACAGCCACCACCACCCACAGCUGAGUCAACAGCUCAACGGUCAACCGCAUCCGACGGCGCUACUGUGCACCGCGCCGCCGCCGGCCCUGGAAGACCACGCCACGGCAGCGACGGACCAGGAGUCGUCGCCACUGUCUUCGGGUUCGUGGUCUUCAGCGGAAGACAGUCCACCGGCGCACCACUUCUGCCUGCCGCACAAGCUGAGGCACAAGUGGCACAUCAGCGGCCCGGAGGGCGGCGUGCCGCCGCCAAACGGCGCCGCGGUGGUCAUCACCACCGCCUCCAUCGUGUCCGCAAACGGCAACGCCGGCAGCAACGGCAGCGUAGGCGGCUCCUCGUCUCCCGAGCUGCGUUCCUCGUCGUCGUCCUUCCACGGCCGGGAGGACACCGCCUCGUCGGACGGCGACAGCGGCGCGUCCAGCACGGACGCCCCCUCGCCCCGCAGGAGCGACUCCUCGUCGCGAAAGAGCCGCAACGGCGCGUCCUCGGGACACCACCAUCACCACCACCACAGGUCGGCUCACUCGCGGUUAGACCUGCAGACGGAGAACUUCCAACUGCGCUCCGAGAUGCAGCGGCUCGCCGCUGAGGUUGCCAACCUGCGAGACAUGAUGAUGAGCGGAGGACCUUCGCCACACAACGGAGCCCCACCCCCGCCUCACCUGCACCCGCUGCAGGCGGGAGCUAACGGAAACGGCUCGGCGGCCGAGCUGCACGGUGCCGACCAUCCGCCGCACCUGCAACCACCGCCGCAUCUCCAGCACCUGCAGUCGAUGGCGCAGGGAGCGCCGCCGCUCGUGCACCAUCACCACAGGCACAACGGCUCCAACGGACGCGUCGCAGCGGAAGAGAACGGCUCGACCAACGGCUCGUCGACGCCUACCAUGAACGGCGGAGGCUCGAGCCGCGAGGACAACCCCAGCCACUGACGGAACAAACCAUUCCGUCCACGCGAACAUGAAGAAAAGCCAAGGUGCUCACUCUCACACUUAUCUCAACCGCCCUGUUCAUUUUCCAUCACGCGCCGCCGUCUCGAGAAAGACCUGCGCAUGCGCGCAGGAGCGGAGCCUGCGCGGGCGUAACUUCCGGAGCGCCUCUAGUAAGUCACGCAGCACGACCGAAACACGCCUGCCCGUCAUCAUUCGCGGUUUCGUAAUCCCAAUUUGCGAGUCUACACCGACGUGCAGCUACGCCACGUCGGAAAACAUGUACUGAAUUGGCCCGUGAGUAGCAAAGCUUGUCACUGAUGCCAUCUAUUCGUGUGGUCAGGAACUUAUCACUGUGCAUGAGAGUGUAGAGGUGUGUAAGGUGUUCUACCACUGACUGCCCGGUCCUCGCUAGACCGACUGUGCUGUGGUUCUUGACAGGAAUGGACAAACUGUUCACGCGCACCGAUUCCCUGCCAUACGUCAUUCGUUAAAACCAGUGCGGCGUCUGGAGCGCCCUGUGCCGACGUGCUCGACACUGUCAACGUGGUCGCCCUUCUGGGUGGCUGGCUGUCAGGCCGGACAACCGGUCUCCAUCUUCACGACCCGUGACCAAUGGACAACUGGCCAGCAAUUCAGCGCGCCGCUUCCACACCGACGAGUCUGCGAAGUAACAUAGUCUAGACAAGAUCAACGUCUCUGCGUCAUCUACCUGCCAACGUUAGGUCACCAAGGGCAGCUGUGUUAAUCCAUCGGCCUAAAUAGGCAAGUUACUUUCUGGUCUCUUCUGACGUCACCGGAAGAAGGCUGACUCUACUGUCAGGAGUGCUCCAUCGGCUUUUAGUUUGUCAGCUAACGAUUUCCGUGACGGACUUGUGGUACUACCGUAAGGCCGGCCGGCGAUCUUGCUGACGUCUCUUAUAUCUGUGGUAUCGACUUCGUGAUGUCAUGUUGCCGAUGUCUACGUCAUCUGUGCGGACCUAUUUGAGGGAGUGCACACACUUGCAUUACUUUCAGUAGCGUUGGUGGAGCAAGCAGGGUCUUGUAGCCAUAAUUAAUGCUUCUUUCAAUGACUUUCUUUUUUCAUCAUUCCUGCCCGUUAACAUGACAUGUUCCAACAUUCUUUGCCGUCAUGAAAUUAUGACGUUAGAUUGUCCAGCUAGCCGCUGUGUCAUGCAACCAUUUAUGCUGUAAUGUAGGAAAUCUUACCCAAUUCAAGGCGCACCUCAUGGCCAAACAAUAUUACCAAGCGUUCAGCUUUAAAGGUCGAAAGAGCAUGUAAAGCUGAUGUAUAUUUGCGGAGAAGACAACCUAUCAAUAAAUAAAAACGUAUUUAAGCUCAGACGAUAUAAGGCCGAAUUUCAACUUCAUAAGUCCAUGUAUUGUUUUUCAUAUCCUGCCUUAGUCCUUCUUCGACACGGUGACAAGCUCCUCAGGAUAGCAAUAAAAUUAUCAGCAUUGCUAUUUGGACCCAACCAUAACCCUGAUAUCAUUUGUUAUGUCGCAUAGCGUAACAUCGUUAUCAUUUUCCUUUUUCGCUGUUAAACUUCCAACGUAAGGGACUGCUGUGUUCAGUUUUCCCAGUGUAAGAACCGAAGGAUUAGUUGUCCAAAGACCAGGAUACUGAAAGGCGAUUUUGUGCCAUGUUUGUCAUUUAAGCAUCAGCAUUUUUUUUUUUUUGACGUCGGUUACGUUUCUUAAGGUCGCCUAGAGUUGUGACUACAACAUCACGGCACUCCUUCCUCAAGGCCUACGAGGAACACCCUAUAGUGGAGCGCAAGCGGGGUAUAAUGGCAAGUGGGUAUUUUACGUCACUCUUUAACUGGCUUAAUUACUUCGAUGGGAACAGAAACGUUCGCUACAAGUUCUCUAGCAGGCAAAUACAACAAGCGGGUGCAUUCAAGACCAGAAAAACUGCAUCAAAGCAAAGCGCCAUUCCAGCUGAUCAUCGAUAACGUCUCGUGCAUCUCGAACGCCUUCAUAACAAUCCAGAAGUAUGGCAACUUCCGGGAGAAACGCAGUAGGCUGUCGUCGUGACCACAGUAAGCAAUGAUGAAGGUGGGAGAGGCGAUGCUUUCGUAAAUGAUCAGAAGGACGAAACUUCUCAAAAAAACCACCAAGCUAUGUCAAAUCUCUGUACUAUAUGAACGUUUUUCCUUUUUGCUCAAAAGAAAUCUAUCCGACAGUUCUGGCGGCUAGACCACACACCCAUGCCGAUAACCCGUAAGACCUCCCGUUUCAAAACAUCUGGUGUCUAAACGACCAUCAAAAUUAGCAACAGAAGCGACGUCGCGCACACAAAUGAGAAAUGGGCCAAUGUAUAGGCAAACUUCUGAAGACCUAAUUUAUUGUGACAUCACUUCAAUGUCGUCAAGAAAGUGAACGAUAAACCUAGUUUCACAAUAACGCUAAAAGGAAUCAGGCUGUACUGUGGUCACGCUGCGGCCAUCUUACGCUCGAGCCUGGCGGUAUUCACGAAACACCGCUCGCUUAAUGCGCUACUGGAAUGCUACUUUUCUCCAACACAGACAUCAUAGGCAUUCUCGCAAUGGUGUCGAUACCAAGCUCUGUUUUUGCGGAGUUCGAAGCCUGCGAAAUGAUACAUCGUUCCCGCAUCGUAUGACGUUUCACUGAGUGCCCAGUGGGGAAGGCGUUCGAGAAGGUUAGCUAGCCAAAGAAGGCACAACAGCCGCGCUAACCUCACGAUCCACGCACUCAAAAAACAGAAGGCAAGAAGCACUAUCUUGCGGAGGACAGGCGAAAACUCAUUGCUUAGCUAUGUCUAGCCCUACGUGGGAGUCAACAACUUGUAAAGAUCCCUUCUACAUGGGGUACCAAUUCACUGGCCUUAAACCGAUCAACCGACCUGCAAUGCGAUAUAAGAGACAAGUCACAGCUCGUGUGCGGAAUGGUAUGCUAAGCCUCGCGAGGUAGUGCUAAGCCUAGCGCUCCAUGUUCGCGAAAACAGACACAAAGUAAACUGUCCUGACAGAAGCGAACACCAACGGUGCGGUCGUUCACUGCUUCACCGUAUCCACGGUGGCCAGACGCUGACACAUUUUUUAGAAGUGACACUGUUUCUUCAAAAGACAGGUCCCUGACGGCACGUUGGCAAGACAGCCUUAUGUAAUAUCACGAGUGUUCAAUAGUGAGCUUACACAAGAUGAAGCUGUGGUGACAGAGAAGUGAACAGGGUGGUUGGUGGUCUCGUUUUGUGCCGAUAAAAAAAAAGUAGGAGCACGAGAGGUGCGCAAGAUAGCACUAUUUUUUUCUUCAUUACUUCUUUUGAGAGCGUUGUGCGGAGGCAAAACACAUUGACGUAGGUUGUUUAUAUCGCAGUUAUUGUCUGCCUGCUGAAUCGACCACUUCUGGUCUC